UUGCUGGGGCGGCAGCCAUGGCCACUGGGCAGGGUUUCCCGGAGAGCUCUGCCCGGCCGGGGCAUCCCAUACGGCUCCUCGGACCCCGGGCUUCCUAGGGCUGGAUUCUGGCUCCCCCUUUGUGUCCUCAUAUCGUUCCUAGCGGCCGCAGGGCCAGCUGCUGCCAAGAUCGAGACUAGCCUUAAUCCUCGCCUGUGCCCAGGGCCAGCGGCAGGGUUGGUUUGUUUAAGGGGCAGCGAGGUUAGCUACUUAGCUGUGUUACCGUGCCGCCUUGGAGAAGCAAGGAGAGGGAUGGGGACCCACUGCUGUUGAGGAGGCAGGCUUUGGAGCGACACAAAGCUCUUCUUGUGUGGGAACUUACCAACCGAGGUUAGGCCAGUAACCGGGAAAACGCAAGGCUGCAACAACUCUGCUAAUACCGCCUUCCCAUUGUGUACCAUCAGGAAAAAACUUCAAGGAAUGACACCGUGCGGGGAAGAACCUUUGUAUAUUAUAACAAAGAGAACACCUAUGAACCUAUACCUCCUGAAGCCAUUGAUAGUGAUUCAAAAGUUGGAUCAGAAUUAAUCAAUAUAACUACAAAUGUAUCAACACAAACAAUAUUCAUCUCUCAUGAUGCUGAGAGAUACCUGACUAGUCAAUGGUUGACUCGUUUUGUUCCUUCAGUUUACACAUUAGUGGUUAUGCUAAGUCUCCCUCUGAACAUUACAGCAAUAUUUGUAUUCCUGAUAAAAAUGAAAGUUAAAAAGCCAGCCAUAGUAUAUAUGCUGAAUUUGGCCUCAGCGGAUGUAUUGUUUGUAAGUGUGCUUCCUUUUAAGAUUGCAUACCAUUUUUCUGGAAACCACUGGGUUUUUGGACCUGAAAUGUGUCGUCUCAUCACUGCUGCAUUCUACUGUAACAUGUACUGUUCGAUAUUGCUGAUGACUGUUAUAAGCAUUGAUCGUUUCUUAGCUGUGGUGUAUCCUAUGCAGUCUCUCUCAUGGCGUACAUUAAUGCGUGCCUCCUUAAUCUGCUUUACCAUAUGGCUUAUAGCCAUAGUUGGUGUUAUACCCAUUCUUAUCACAGAGCAAACUGUGAAAAUACCUCAGUUAAACAUUACAACCUGCCAUGAUGUACUAGAAGAAUCUGAACUUAAGAGAUAUUACCGGAAUUUCUUCUCCAUUUUCUCAUCCAUUUUCUUUUUUGUGCCAUUAAUAAUUACUGCUGUUUGUUAUGUGUGUAUCAUCCAAUGUCUAAUCUCUUCUAAUAUUGUUGCAAAGCAAAGUAAGAAGACACGUGCUUUACUCUUGUCUGCAGCUGUUUUCUCUGUUUUUAUUAUUUGUUUUGGCCCAACAAAUAUCCUUUUAUUAAUUCAUUAUGUAUCUUUUUCUUACAACAACCAGUUAGAAUAUCUCUAUUUUGCUUAUCUCCUCUGUGUUUGUAUCAGCAGUGUAAGCUGCUGCAUUGAUCCUUUGAUUUAUUAUUAUGCCUCUUCUGAGUGUCAGAGGCAGGUUAGAAAUCUCUUUUGCUGUAAAAAGAGUCCUGAACCUAGUAGCAGCAGUGGUCAGUUAAUGGCUAGAACCAGCGGAAGGGAUACAUGCUCCAGUAAUCUGAGUAACAGUGUCUACAGGAAGUUGCUAACAUAAUGUUUUAUAAGCUUUGAAGAUUUUUAUACCACUCCAGUAAAAAAUAACUGUGCAAUUUUGGACAAAUUUGAAUUGAUAUAUUGUAGGGUAGAUUCAUUAUAGUAAUACAUCAUUCUAAACACAGCACAGGAAUCUAUGUAUUUCUUUGUGUAUAGAUGAAGUGUGAGGAAGCAAGUAGAAAUGUAAGGGUACAUCUACACUACAGAGGAAGAUUGAAGCUACUGCUGUUCAUCUUCCAGGGUUCGAAUUUGCUGGUCUAGUGAAGACACACUAAUUCGAACUGAGAGGGACACUCCAGUCAACGUCAGUAGUCCUGUUUCCACGAGGAGUAAAGGAAGUUGAAGGGAGACUCUGUUCCCUUCGACUUCCUACAGUGUGGACAGCGCCAAAGGUUAAGUUAAGCUACUUCGACUUCAGCUACACAAUUAACGUAGCUGAAGUUGCGUAUUUUAAUUCAACUUUGUCCUGUAGUGUGGACCUACCCCAAGAGGUUAACCAGUAAGCUGAUGCUUAUCUGUUUCUGUUAAUGGUUAAACUCUCAAGGGUCCCAGCUGCCUGACCCAUAACUUGGGCUCUGCUGCAGGCAGAAUCCAAUGUGCAUAGGGUCCUGGGAGCCAGGAUCCUGAGAGUGCAGGGGAGGGGGGAGGGAAGCCGGCGGGAGCCCAUCCCUUCCUACCCCUAGAUCCCAGGGUAAAUAUUGAUUUGUUACGUGGUUUUACACAUUUUUACAUCCCUAGAAGAAAUAUAAAGAACUUUUAUUAAAAGCUAUUGGCUAUUAUUUUAGUUAAAUACAGGUAAACACUUUUAAAUUUGCAAUUCAGUUUUUUGUAAAAUUCUGUAAAAAUAUUUCCUGUUUUAGGAUUUAAAAUCCUUUAAAAAAGUUUCUGUACCAUAAGUGAAAUAUAUCAAGUCAUCUCUCCAUUAGCUCAUGAAUUAAACGAAAAUUAUUUACCAGCC